UAAAACAGAAUUGUUUGUAUUUGUUAUUGCCUCGAUUACAUUAACUUAUAUAGGGUGUUAUAAGAAAUGACCAAUAUCACAGACGGAAAGCCUAUUUGUAAAGAAUAGUUAAAAAAGAAUGAGAUAAAUGUGACGAAAAAGAAUUACAAAAUAUCUAAUAGAAUUUUCUAACAAGCAUGUGGGCUCAUACCCCAGAGAUUGUACUUAAAGCUUACGCGUGAUAAAACCAUUGUUUCUAUCAGCACGUACUAUCUUAUCAAAAGUUUGAAAUAUCGGACGUUAUCUCACCGCAAUCACGAGUUUCAAUUAAAAAUGUCUACUUAAAUACGUUACAUUUUAUUUAUACUAACAUAAACGCUUAAGUUUUUAUUUUGUUAAGUGGAAAAAAUGGGGGGGCUAAUGUUUUGGGCCUCCCUCUCCACAGUGGUGGUUACAAUGAAUUUUGUGAUGGCUUGUGAUGAUAAGGGAUGCUUGGUGAGUCGAGGAUUUAUAUCACCACAUAUAUUUGGCAUUUUAUACCUCUUUAUCCUAUCUCUGUUAUUUUACUUCCUAGCUGGAGGCGUUGAAAGAAAUGAAGGAAUGCAAAAAAGCAGUUCUGGCUUCGUGAGUAAUGAACUAAAUUAAUAUAAGUAUUGAACAGAGAGUGUUUAAUUUUGAUAAAACAUUUUAAAUUUCAGAUUAUUGAAACCUUUACUAGCUUCCAAGUUGGAAAAGAAAGAAAAGUGCAGUAAGUGCGCUUUGGCUGAACCACCGCCACCUCCGGCUACCAUCAUGUUGAUGCCGGCCUCUCCACCUCCGUGUCUGCCUCCAGCGCCGCCGAUGAUGUUGGCGGCGCCGCCACCUUGCCUUCCAGCACCCAUGUUCUUGCCAGCACCGAUGCCAGCCCCUACCUGUAUGGCACCACCGCCCCCGAUGAUUCUAUCUCCACCGCCGCCUGCUAUGUGCGUUCCAGCACCUCCUCCAUCUCCCUAUCUUUUCCCAGCACCAGCACCUCCUUUAAUGUUACCGCCUUCUCCCCUAGUCCUGCCAGCUCCGGCCCCUCCACCAAUAUUCAUGCCAGCACCUCCACCGUUACCUCUUUCUCCUUGUUCGUGCUACCCCCCUCCGCCAGCUCCAUCACCAAUAGUUAUUUCUUUAGUACCACCAGCACCCCCACCCUGCCAUUUACCACCCCCUCCCCCCGGCCUGCCCAUGACAGCCUACAUGGUCCCACCACCGGUCCCCAUCACCCUGGAACCCAAGCCGUUGGAGCUGCCCCCGUGUAAAUGUCACUAUUAA